AUGCUGCGGCUCGAGCUUCUAAGUUUUCUCGUUUCUCUGGGAUAUGCCCACGUUCUUCGCACACCAUCCUUCGACCACACAAGUCUUUUGGAAGCGCGAGCCGAUGGCUACGACAGCAACGUAGUGAAGAUUGAUGCACACGGGGCAGAACAUCACCAGGACUUUUACAAAUUCUUGACGAGACCAGAUAUCGAUGCUCCGAGAUGGAAUAUACGGAAGCACAACAAGUCGGCGAUAGCGCCUGGCUACUGGUUCCUCGGCCCUUACCAAGACCCCAUGCAAGAUGAGCGCGGUGGAGGAUGGGUGGGACCGCAUAUCUAUGACGGGAACGGCGAACUAAUAUGGAGUGGUGUACCAAUGCUGAGUGGAUUUGAUGUGUUCGAUUUCAAGGUCUCACAAUACAAGGGCCAGAACAUGCUGUCGAUGAUCUACCGCCACGAGAACGGCAUCCUCAUCAACUCGCAGUACGGCCUGGAGGAGAAGUUCAACGUCGAGGACGAGCACGCACGCUUGAACAUGCACGACUUUAGCUUGACGGACAAUGGCACCGCGCUUAUGCUCAAGACUUUCACCAAGUCAGCCACGGAGGAGGAGUUGGAAGCUGCGGAGUUGGACUAUGAGUGCCGCGUGCAUUACUAUGGCUUCGAGGAGGUGGAUACCGCCACGGGCGAGGUUCUGUUCGAUUGGCGAUCGGAAGGCAUCAUUGGUCUUGAGGAGACUGUCUUUGCAAAGCGCCCGAAACGUGCAUGCCACCGGGAUGGAGGACUGGACUACAUCCAUGCGAAUGCCCUGGACAAAUUCCCGGACGGCGACUACCUCUUAUCCGCACGCCACUGCAACGCGCUCUACAAGAUCUCGGCAAAAGAUGGCUCUGUGGUCUGGAAGUUUGGCGGGAAGAACACUAAGAACUCCGAUUUCAAGUGGGAUGGGCACUUCUCUGGCCAACACCACGCCCGCGUGCGAGGGCAGAACAGCACGCACACACUCGUCUCCUUUCUCGAUAACGCUUAUGUACCGGCUGGAAAGCCAAUCUACAGCAAUGAAAUGUCGCGCGGCUUCCUCAUCGCGCUUCGGACGGAUCAGGAGCAGAUGACAGCCGAGACUGUAGCACAAUUCGAUCACCCGCAUGGCGAAUAUGCUCCAGGGAGAGGCAGCUUCCAGGUUCUACCCAACGGCAACACUUUCAUGGGCUGGACUUCCUACUCGCUCUUCUCCGAAUACGACACCCAAGGCAACUUGAUCCUGGAGGCAAGCGUGAGACCUGAACUCAAAUCUUACCGAAGCUACAAGUUCCCGUGGGUCGGCCAUCCAACUGAGCUGCCCGCGGUGAAGUCAGUUGGCGUGGCUACAAACAAGAACAAGACAGUCACCACCAGCAUCCAUGUCAGCUGGAACGGCGCCACUGAAGUUACAACCUGGAAAGCGUACCACACCAAAGAUGACGGCUCGUCAGAACAGCUCAUCGCGUCUUCGCCACGGACGGGCUUCGAGACUGCCUUGACCUACGAAGGCUAUCCCAGUUACGUCGUCGUCAAGGCAUACAACAGCAAGGGCGAAGAGCUUGGCAAAUCAGACGUCGUCAAGAGCAUCGCACCGCUCAAUACCUACAACGAAGCCGUGCUCAAGGAAGAGCAGUGGCAGCAAGAUGCCUCCUCUGCCGAAAUCUCCUCUUCCGCCCUUGGCAUGCCGGUGAGCGUGGGCAGCUUCAGUAUCGCCUUCGCCUUUGGAGUCCUCUGCUGUGCGAUCGGUAGCCUGGUCGGCUUCGCAUUGUGGAGCGCGAGGUCGACGAUGGCUGCUAUGGCCAACAAGAAGCCCUGGAAGAAGACCUCGUAUGAGAAGAUUGGUGACGAGAAGGACGAUACGGACGAGACUUUGGUAGGGGAGGAGACGGAGCAGUUGUUUCAUAAAAAGAGGUCGUUGGAGGAGAGGGAUAGCGACUCGGAUGAUGGGGAGGUGUAG